CGCAGACUGCGGCUUACAACGACAUUACCAACCAUGAUAAUACGGCAACUGAUGCUUCGGCAAGGCCGGAGAGCGCUCUUCGCACCGACCCGACGAUGGAUUCGCGCCCUGAACACCGAGACCAUCGAAGCAUCACUGGAGCAUCAUAUUCGCGAGACGCAGCCGAUUGAAGAAUUCGUCAACAGCCAGUCGCACGUCCCUGUGCAGCCCACCGAUGCCUUGACAAGUGAGAGCGAGACAGAGGAACUCACCACCGCAGAGACAUGGGAAGCCAUCCAAGCCCAAAAACAAACGACCGGCCCUCUCGGCAGUGCUCUCUCGCAUCUCUACCGGCCUCACGAACUCGUUAACAACCCUCCUUCUCCCAAAGACAUUUCCGUUGAAUCCCUUAUCGCCGCACAAGCCCACCUCGGACACAGCACAUCGCUGUGGCAUCCCGGAAACUCGCGAUACAUUUUCGGUAUCCGGUCCGGUAUCCACAUCAUCGACCCGUCAAUUACAGCGGCGCACUUGCGACGAGCAUGCCGGAUCGUCUCCGGCGUGACAGCGCGCGGAGGAAUAGUGCUGUUUGCAGGCACCAGGGAAGGCCAGGAACGAUGUGUCGUCAAGGCGGCGGAGUUGGCCGGCGGGUGCCAUCUAUUUGAGCGCUGGACGCCAGGCAGCAUCACAAACGGACAGCAGAUUCUCGCGCGGUGCAAGACCAAGGUCGUCGAUGAAUUUGACAACGACGUGACGCACCUGUUCGGCGACCAGCUGAUGAACCGCAGCGUCCUGAAGCCUGAUCUGGUCGUGUGCUUGAACCCCCGCGAGAACUAUGUUCUCUUGCAUGAGUGCGGCCUCAACGGUGUGCCUACCAUUGGUAUUGUCGAUACCGAUCAGGAUCCUACAUGGGUUACCUAUCCUAUUCCCGCCAAUGAUGACAGUCUGCGCUGUGUCCAAACAAUUGCCGGUGUCCUCGGACGUGCCGGAGAAACAGGCAAGAAGGCCCGGCUCGAGGCUGCUGACCAAGGAAUUAUCACUUUCAACCCCGCCGAGCGUCUGAGAAAUCCCGGGUCCAGGUCCGGGUCCGAGUCUCGGCCGUCGCGGUGAAGGUAAUCCUUUUUGCCUCCAUUGGAGUAGUUGUCUUCUUUGAACACACACUUACACGCAUACAUGUUUUGCAAUAUGGAGCUCGGCCCGUUUUCCUUUUUCCCUUCCCCCCAUUCCUUUUCCCAAUCAAGACUUGUUAGAGCCAUUGGGUUAUUCUUUGGUUUCUUUUCCCUUUCAUCUCUUCCUAAUUUUAGGGGAAAAAAAGGGUUGUUGAGGUUGUUGAUUAUUGUCUAAAAAGCCGUGGAUCUGUUGUAUGCCAAAUCUCUCUUUUUUUUUUUCUGACUAUCGUGCUAUCUGUAAUGGAAACCUU